AUGUUGGCGCAACCACGAAAAGUGGCGCAUUGCACGUUGGAUGGUGUGGGCGGCCAUGUGUUUGACGUAUUCGUCAAGGAAUCGACUCCUGGUAACGACGACGCUCCACUGAUCGUGCCAUUCGGACGAGUCGUCCCAGCCAGUGCCGAGGGUAUCUGCUUCACUUCCUUCGGUUUCUUGAUCGCUGUCGACGUCGUCAGCAAUCGAAUGGAAACAGCAUGCAUGGCGGCGUUCUUGGAGGAGACGCAUUGCGGUACGACCUGUGGGAAUGAGAACGUGGGGUUGUGGCGACGUCGUCAUGGCAAGAUGCCUCGACAAAUCUUGCGCCGAUGGGGCCGUCGACGACGACGACAACAGGAACGCUGCAACGACUGCUUCCACGUUGGCGGUGAAGCGAGACAUGACCUGGCGAAACUUCUCCCACGUCGAGUCCUGGUGCUGGCGCUUCUUGUGGGCACACAUGACGCAAGUUGGCGAAUGGAGCGGACGGUGGACGGGGUCGAGCUGCGACUCUGA